AUGGCGAGGCGAGAGCUUUCUAGCACGUUGAAGAACUUGAAGUUCAUGCAAAGGGCGGCUCUGAGGGAGGAUAAAACCAAGAAAGAAGAAGAGAUCAAACCUGAUGUCAGUUUUGGUACUUCUACUGCGGUCUCUAGAAAGUGUGUGGUUAUAAUGGAAGGUGAUCCCCAUCCUGGAGCGCUAAAAGGUCGAAUGUCGUUUCAAAAUUUUAAUCCUUCUGUUGAUAAAUUAAACGAGGAAGAAGCAAGAUUACAUCAGCCAGCAGCUGAAUCUACCUUGUCUAGGAAUCAAAAUACAAGCGUCUCUGUCAGAGAAGAUAAUUUUUCAGCAGAAGAUCCAGAAUGUGUCAACAUUGACAAAAAGAGUAUGGAGGUUAACGGCAAUGUUAAAAGGAAACAAUCUGAAGUAGUUAGUGAAGUACAAUAUCCUAACAAAUCACCAAAGAAUGAUGACGGUGAUAAACAAUCAUUGCCAAGCACUAGUUUGGGGACUUUUAAGAAACCGAACGGAGAUAAGCUGGACUGGAACGUUCUUAGACCAUCAAGUGUCAAACCAAGUAGAUGA